UGCAGUACGGCCACAUUGACUAAAAGCAACCAGUGCUGCAAAGCACACUGAAUUGUUGUUGUUUUUGGCGAGACGAGGCAAAAGAAGUAAAAAUAACAAAAUAUAUUUUCGAAAAUCACUAGAAUAUCAAACGACGGGAAAGUCAUGGACACAGGGAUCACCACCAAGGAGCGGCUGGAGCGCUUGAUGGCCGCGAAGAAGCAACUGGAGGCACAGAUCACCAAAAACGGACAGAUCCUGGCCGCCAACGAUAAUGUGGGCAUGAGCGGUCCGCUGGUGGACUUGGAGGGCUUUCCGCGCAACGACAUCGACAUUUACCAGGUGCGCCAGGCCCGCCAAACGAUCAUCUGCCUGCAAAACGACCACAAGGAGCUGAUGAACCAGAUCCAGAGCCUGCUCAACCAAUAUCACAGUGAGAUUGCCACCACAGAUCCCGAGCUGGUGAACCGCGCAUCCGCCUUGGAUUUGGACAGCGACCGAUCACCAGGAGGAGCUAAUAUAGCUGAUCUUGCACCUGUUCGCGCCAUCGUGGUGGUCAACCUAGUCAGUCCCGAUUCCCCCGCCGAGAAAGCUGGACUUUGUGUGGGCGAUGCCAUCCUCCGUUUCGGUUCCGUCAACAGCAACAACUUCAAGGGAGAUCUUGGCCAAAUUGGCGAGGUGGUGCGCAACAUGCAAAACCAGAACGUCCAACUCAAAGUGAAGCGAGGCGAACAGCAGCUGGAUCUGAUCCUGGUGCCCAAGACUUGGAGUGGACGCGGCCUCCUUGGCUGCAACAUCGUCCUGCCGCCGGAGUCCAUGGAACACUGAAUUAGUUACCUUUUAAGCUUUGACGGAAGUGCCAGUGUACAUUUGCUCUGCAUUUAAUUAUCAGUUCAUGGCCAAGCCACCUAA